AUGGAACCAGAGGAGCUAACAUUUCAAGAGAUAAAAGAAAUUACAGAUGGUUUCGCACAGGAACUUGGUCAUGGAUCAUUUGGAGUCGUUUACAAGGGAUUGACUAAAACUGGAAAGGAUGUUGCUGUGAAGGUGCUUCUUAAUGACAUAAAUAUUGACUACAAGCAGUUCCAUAAUGAGUUUAAUAGCCUCGCGAUGCUUCAGCACCCAAACAUCGUUCCCCAGAAAGAAUGUAGCAAAACUGUUCCUUGGAUGACAACGCAAGAUCAGAUGAAGAUGAGAAAGCAGUUAAGGCAGAUGGCAGAUCAACACCAGCAUUUCAACUUGUUGACAAGCGAUAGGUACAAUGAUCUUGAAUCGGUUGAUAUACACAAAAAAUCAUCAGAUGUAGCAGAAGAUUUUAUUAUAGGGAGGACAGAUGAGAAGAAAAAAAUAAUUGAUUCAUUAAUUGAGGCCAUGACAGAAAAGAUCACUAUCCUUACUAUAUAUGGUAUUGGAGGAAUUGGCAAGACAACCUUUGCAAGAUUGAUUUACAAUGAUGCAAACUUCAGAUUUUAUUCUCAGGUGUGGGUCCAUGUGUCCCCGAUAUUUGACUUGAAGAAGAUUGGCGACUCUAUAAUUUCACAGCUACCUGAAAAACAGAGACAAACUAAGAAGAACCUGAUUGUCUUAGAUGACCUGUGGGAGGAUAAUCCAUUUCUACUAGAGGAUUUGAAAGCUAUGCUAAAUCUUGGUGACAGCAUCAACACAAUUGUUUUAGUAACUACAUGCAGUGAACAUGUCGCAGAGAAAAUUUGUACUAACAUUAAACCAUACAAGAUAAAACAUUUGACGAAUGCCAUGUGCUGGGAAAUAAUAAAACAAAGAAGUGCCUUUGAAACUAGAGAUGACAAGAAAUACUUGACCAGUAUAGGAAAGGACAUUGCCCUGAAGUGUGGAGGUGUGGCUUUAGCAGCUCAAUCUGUUGGAUUCAUGUUGCAGUCUAUGAAAUCUAGUCAAUGGAUGGAAGUGAAAAACAAUAAUAUCUGGAAGGAAUCUAUCUCAGAUGAUGCCUCAUUACAAAAUCAAGUUCUUGCAUCUUUGAAGUUAACUUAUAGCUAUAUGGAUUCAUGCUUGAAGCCAUGCUUUACCUACUGUGCAAUGUUUCCAAAAGGUCAAAAGAUACAUAAAGAUGAUCUAAUUCAACAAUGGAUUUCUUUGGGUUUUAUCAAACCAACAAAAAUACACUCCAUUAUGGAACUCUGUGAAAAGUAUGUUGUCCGGCUCCUGGGAUUGUCUUUCCUUCAACAUUCUAUGUCAGCCCCGACUUAUGAAGGAGCAUAUCGUGAAAAACAAGACACAUUGUUCACAAUGCACGACCUGGUGCAUGACUUGGCAGUUUUACUCCUUGGCGAUGAAAUUAUGGAUCAGAGGCAGCAAGGCAAUACUUUGUCAAGCAGCUGCCGAUAUGCGUUGCUCACUGAUUCUAGCAAACCACUGGAGUUAUGCUUGCCAUCUUGUGCAAGGCUAACAGCACUCCGUUUUAUUGACUGCCGCAGAACUGAACUGUGUGGUGCUGCAUUUGCACCUGCUAACUUCCUGCGAGUAUUGGAUUUAAGGGAGUGCCAUAUACAGAAAUUACCAGAAUCUAUUGGUAAGUUACAGCAGUUGAGCUAUCUAAAGGCUCCUGAAAUCCAAGAUCAAUUGAUACCCGAUUGUAUCACCCUGCUCUCAAAAUUAAAUUACCUUUACAUUAGUGGAUCUGAGAUCUCAGCACUUCCAGAGUCAAUUGGAGAAAUGGCAGGUCUUGUGCAUCUCGAUAUAUCUUUAUGUUCAGAAAUAGAACAAUUACCAUUGUCCUUCAGGAAUUUGGAAAAUUUGGUGCAUCUGGAUUUGUCACACUGUUCACUUAUCACUGGUGUAUCAGAAUCACUGGGAAGCCUCAGGCGACUGCAACAUUUGGACCUGAGAUGGUGCACAAGUAUUGGAGAAGAGCUACCAGGAGCAUUGGGCAGCCUCACAGAACUGCAAUAUUUGAACUUAUCACACUGCUCUUACCUUGAAGUUCCUGACGCUGAGGUCUUGGGCAAUCUAAACAAACUCAAGUAUUUGAACCUAUCUUCAGCAUCAUCACCGCUGAGAAGACUUCCAGAAUCUUUGGGGAGCUUCACUGAACUGGAGUAUUUGAACUUAUCAGGCUGUCGACAACUAGAAGAGUUGCCAGCAUCAUUUGGGAAGCUCUGUAGUCUGCUCAAGAAGCUGCAUACACUAGACCUCUCGUAUUGCAGCUACCUACUGUGGCUGCCCAGAAGUAUAUCUGAAAAUGACAGCCUAAAGUUUCUAAAUACCAUGGGCUGCGAUGAGUUGGAUAAGUCCACGUUACCUCAAUUCAACAGCAGCUCAGUUCUAUUACCACACUUUGUGGUCCGUACUGGUGAUGGCGAACAUAGCAGCAAUCUUGUUCUGCUCAAAGAUGAGGACCCCACUGUCUUGGAGAUCAGCAGUCUUGAAAAUGUGAAGUCCGUUGAGGAGGCGAAAACGGUUAAACUAUUGGAGAAACGAAUGAUCUAUGAUCUGAAAUUUGAGUGGACUAGAGAUGCAAAGAGAUUUGUGGAGGACAUAGAAGUGCUCACGGAACUAGUGCCCCCAGGUAAUUUACAAUCAUUUUGUCUACAAGGUUAUAAUAGCUUAACAUUUCCGUCCUGGAUGAUGGGCAUUACAAGCUAUUUACCUCAACUAAGUUAUGUUUCACUAAAGGAGCUUCCCUGGUGCAGCGCCCUACCACCACUCGGUCAGUUGCCAAACCUAAGAUGUCUGGUAAUCAAACAAAUGCACAGUAUCAGAGAGAUUGGCGGGGAUUUGUAUGGCGGCACAAGAGCGUUUCAGGCACUGAUGCAAUUUUAUCUAGAGCAGAUGGAUAACCUACAAGAGUGGAACACGAUAGGCUACAGUGAUGAGGAUGGCGGAAAUGUGCUCAUGUUGCCCGUGCUCCGGGAAUUGACUAUAAUAAGGCAGUGCCCCCUUUUGCGUUUCAAACCAUGCCCCCCUAUAGGUGGAGACAGCUGGCACAUUGGAAGUAGUGAUAAUGCAAUAUCGUUAGGGGGAGAGAGCGUGCACGUUGAAGCUUCCUUCUCCUCCAAUGUACUCCAUCAGUGUAGAUUAGUUCUUCACCUCCCAGCCCUCGAAAUAUUAUGGAUCGAGAACUACAGUGACAUGACAUCUAGCUCACUGGAUAUCCUUCGAGGUCUCUCUUCCCUCGAGACAUUAGUGAAACUUCAUAUAUCUAACUGCCCAGGAAUCAAGAGACUGCCUGAGAGCAUAAAACAAUUCACCAACCUCCAAACACUAAAUAUUUCAGACUGCCCCGAACUAGUUCAGUGGUGUGAAUCAGAUGAGAAGAUUAUGAAGCUUUUGCGUACAUCGAAGUAA